CUCGCCAAUCCACACCAACCCAAAACGUUUCCCUCGACACCUCGAGAUCUUCUUUUCUUUCGCAUAUACGACUUUAGCCAAUACCCUAGCCACUCUUUUCUCGGCACACGAUCUUUUCUCUCACAAUUCUUUCCCUCAAAGAACGCCCAUGAUGCUUUCCAACAUGAACCAAAUUUUCUUUCUCGCUUCGAUGCUGGCAUCGACGACCUUUGGACACGUUGUCCUCGAGAACCCCAAGCCCUUCAAGUUUGUUGCUGACGGUCCUACUAACCCAAUUUCUAGCACAGGUGAUGACUUCCCAUGCAAGAUCCCCUCCGGAGCCAGUUACAUCAUCGACGGAGCACCUACAGUCAUCGCCAUUGGCGAGACCUUCGAGGCCACCUUCAAGGGCCAGGCUGUCCACGGAGGCGGCAGCUGCCAGUUCGCCCUCAGCGCCGACGCCAACCCGACAAAGGAUUCCAAGUGGAUGGUCAUCCACUCCAUCGAGGGCGGUUGCCCGGCCCGCAACCAAAAGGGUAACCUCGAAGGUCCCAAUGAAGAUAAGUACCCCUUCAAGAUCCCCUCCAGUAUCGCACCCGGUGACUACGUCUUCGCCUGGAUCUGGCUCGCCAGAGUUGGCGGCCAGCCAGAGUACUACAUGAACUGUGCCCCCAUCACCGUCACUGGUGGCGCUGGCGGUGCUACCAAGAAGAAGCGUGGACCCUUUGCUGAUCGUCGCAUGUCCCUGGCGAAGCGUGAAGAGUUUCCCGAGCUCUUCAUGGCCAACAUUGGAGAAGUUGCUGGCGGCUGCACCACUGGAGAGGCUCUCAACGCCCAGGUCCCCAUUGCUUUUCCCAACCGCGGCCUCUACUUCGAUCGACCCGAGGGCGACAAUCUCUACAAGCAGCCCUGUGACGGUAACCCCAAUGCCGGAAGCCCUGUUGAGGCUCCGGCUGGCGGCGAUGUGCCUGCAGGUACCAUUGCUACGUCUGUUCCGACAUCUAGCAUUGGCGACGGCUCGUCUCUUUCACCACCGGUCGCAACUGGCUCCUCCGCCAUUGCCUCUUCCAUCAUUUCGACACAGGAGCCGGCUCCGACCACAGUACCUGCUGAACUUACCGCUCCCGUCAAGCCUACUGCCCCCAUCACACCAACUGCUCCGGCCGAAUCUUCUAUCCCACCAGCUCCUACAGCUUCUAUGAUUUCUCCUAUCGAGACUCCAGUCCCUACUGGCAUCGUUCCGACUCCUUUUAUCUCUUUCAUCACAGUCACGGUUACCGCCACCGACUGUGGAGCACCGGCGACUCCAGAUGUGCCCGUAUUUGAGCCCACCGCCGUCCCUACAACCUCGCCUGAUUCUCCCACACCUGACCCCGACUCCGACGAGGACUCUGAUUCCGACCCCGACUCUUGCACUGAAGGCUACUUGACCUGCUUGGAGGAUGAAACACACUUCGCUACUUGCACUGGCGGCGAGUCGACUGCGCCGCAGCCGAUUGCCCCUGGCUUCAAGUGUGCCGCUGGAGAGGGUGAAGGUCUAGACAUCUCGCCCAUUGGAGGAGAGUAUUAG